GGCGGAGCUGUGCCGGCAGGUCGGGCCGCCGCUCUUCGCCUCGCCCCGUCCCCGGCCGAUGGAUCCCGAGGCGGCGGGGGACGAGCUGUCCCGCCUGCGCGCCCUCUUCCUGGCCUGCGACGCCAGCGGCUCGGGCCGCAUCGAGCGGGAGGACUUCGCGGCGCUCUGCGCCGAGCUGCGGGUGCGGCCGGCCGAGGCCGAGGCCAUCUUCCAGCGCCUCGACAGCGACCGCGACGGGGCCAUCACCUUCCCGGAGUUCGCCCGCGGCUUCCGCGGUGCCACCCGGCGGCGGCCCGACGGCGGCGGCGAGCCGCAGGGCGAGGAGGCGGCGUGGGCAGCCGCGGGGCUGGAGCAGCCCUGGAGGGACUUCGAGGUGCGGCUCGGGGACGAGGCGAGGUACAUCCCCAGACAAGAGCAGGUCAGUGUUCUGUAUCAAAACAUACACAUAGCAGAACCAAGAUUAAUCCAGCCUUAUGAACAUGUCAUUAAGAACUUCAUCCGAGAGAUCAAACUUCAAAGCACAGAGAUGGAAACUUUGGCCAUUGCGGUAAAAAGAGCUCAGGAUAAAGCAGCAGUUCAGCUCAGUGAGCUGGAGGAAGAGAUGGAGCAACGAAUACAGGCUGCAGAGCAUAAAGUUAAAAAGGAAGAGAAACGAAAAGCUGAAGAAGCACUAAAUGAGCUGAAGCACCAGUAUGAUACUGAAGUUGGGGAUCUUCAAGGGACAAUAAAAAAACUUAAAAAGUUGGAAGAGCAAUCCAAAAACGUAAAUCCCAGGGAAGAUGUGGUUGAAUUGAAAAAAAGAAUACAUGAUAUGUUGCUGGAAAAUCAGAAACUUAAGAAAGAUCUUUUAGAAGCACAGACAAAUAUAGCUUUUCUACAGAGUGAACUGGAUAGCUUGAAGAGCGAGUAUGCAGAUCAGACUUUGAACACUGAGAGAGACCUAGAAAUGAUCCGAGAGUAUAGUGAAGACAGAGAUAAUCUGGAAAGACAAAUUGAAAUGCUUCAAUCAGCUAACAGAAAGCUACAUGACAGUAAUGAUGGUUUAAGAAGUGCUCUUGAAAACAGUUUCAGCAAGUACAACAGAUCAUUGCGGUUAGCAAACACCUCACCAGUAAGUACCAUUUCUAGAAGCAGUCCUAAAGGUAAUGGUGGACAGUCUCCUCUAAACCCACAGUAUGACAGAUCAUCUCAUUCUUCUUGUGUGGAUGAAGAUUAUGAUUCUUUAGCCCUUUGUGAUCCUAUGCAAAGGAUAAACUGUGAAGUUGACAGCUUACCUGAGAGCUGUUUUGACAGUGGCUUGUCUACCCUGAGAGAUUCAAAUGAGUAUGAUUCAGAAGUGGAAUAUAGGCAUCAAAGGAUUUUUCAAAGGUCACAGUGUAUGCAAGAAAGCUUUGGUGGUGAUGCUUCUGAUACAGAUGUUCCAGAGAUCAGGGACGAAGAAGCAUACAGUCCAGGUAGCAGCAGUACAAUAUUAGACUGGAAGCCCUCACGACCAGUAAGUCGAAGCAGCUCAAUUGUUUCAGCAAGGAAACACAUAUCUGCUCUCACUCCUCAGAGGGGUUCUUUUUAUUUUCAGCCAGAUGCAACUGAAUGUACUCUGAAGUACCCCUAUUCAGAGAAGGCUUACAAGAUUGUUCUUGCUGGAGAUGCAGCAGUGGGAAAAUCCAGUUUCCUUACAAGACUUUGCAAGAAUGAAUUUCGAGGCAAUACCAGUGCAACCCUGGGUGUAGAUUUUCAAAUGAAAAGACUAAUUGUUGAUGGAGAACCUACAGUGCUACAACUGUGGGACACAGCUGGGCAGGAGAGAUUCCGAAGUAUUGCUAAAUCGUACUUCAGAAGAGCAGAUGGUGUCCUACUGCUGUAUGACGUAACGUGUGAAAAAAGCUUUCUUAAUGUGCGGGAAUGGGUGGAUAUGAUCGAAGAUGCAACUUAUGAGAAUAUUCCAAUUAUGAUGGUGGGAAACAAAGCAGAUCUCCGUCAAGCUGUUACAGAACAAGGGCAAAAAUGUGUGCCUAUAAACUAUGGAGAAAAGCUGGCAAUGACUUAUAAUGCGCUAUUCUGUGAAACAAGUGCUAAAGAUGGAUCUAAUAUUGUAGAAGCAGUUCUUCAUCUUGCUCGCGAAGUGCGAAAACGAAGUGAUAAUCAAGAUGAUACGAGGUCAGUAACAAGCCUGACUGGGACACCUGUCAAAAAAUCCACAAUCACAAAAAACUGUUGCAAUGUUUAAGUGAUAGGUGCUUUUCCUGAUCUAAAUAACUUGUAUACUUUUUUUUUAAAAAAAAGAAGGAUUUCAAUAAUGUAUUCUUUUAAUUGUAAAUUUAUACAUUUGUGUAUUUAGAAAUUGCCCAUCAUGUUAAAAAUCCAGACUGCUUUCUACUCAUUUAAAUUUGUUCACUUGCUUUGCACCAUAGGCUCUUGUUUCACUUAAGUAAUAUAAGCCAACAAAGUGAACUCAGAAUCAAUGAUACAUCAGUCACUGAAUAUAAUAUUGUGAUAUAUUUUCUCUUUUUUACCUGCUUGAUUCUUUAUGGGCUCAA